GGCGAGAUGCGCGCGGCGCGGCCCCGGGAGGCGGCCACCCUGGGGCCGUCGGGAUGGAGGUGAGACGGUAGCCGUGACGCCCGCCCUCGCGCACCCCUGCACCGCAGCCGCCUGCAGAGCUCCCCGCCCCCCGCCCCCGCGGCAGCGGGCCUUGCCGUCGAGUGACAGCGGCCUGGGGGGGCAGGGGGGGCGGGGGCGGCCAGACCAGCGAUGCCGGCGGGCAUGACGAAGCAUGGCUCGCGCUCCACCAGCUCGCUGCCGCCCGAGCCCAUGGAGAUCGUGCGCAGCAAGGCGUGCUCGCGCCGGGUGCGCCUCAACGUCGGGGGCCUGGCGCACGAGGUGCUGUGGCGCACUCUGGACCGCCUGCCCCGCACGCGGCUGGGCAAGCUCCGGGACUGCAACACGCACGACUCUCUGCUCCAGGUGUGCGACGACUACAGCCUCGAGGACAACGAGUACUUCUUCGACCGCCACCCUGGCGCCUUCACCUCCAUUCUCAAUUUCUACCGCACCGGCCGGCUGCACAUGAUGGAGGAGAUGUGCGCGCUGAGCUUCAGCCAGGAGCUGGACUAUUGGGGCAUCGAUGAGAUCUACCUGGAGUCCUGCUGCCAGGCCCGCUACCACCAAAAGAAGGAGCAGAUGAACGAGGAGCUGAAGCGCGAGGCCGAGACGCUGCGGGAGCGGGAGGGCGAGGAGUUUGACAAUACGUGUUGUGCCGAGAAGAGGAAGAAACUCUGGGACCUCCUGGAGAAGCCCAACUCGUCGGUGGCCGCCAAGAUCCUGGCCAUCAUCUCAAUCAUGUUCAUCGUCCUCUCCACCAUCGCCCUGUCACUCAACACGCUGCCCGAGCUGCAGAGCCUGGACGAAUUCGGCCAGAGCACGGAUAACCCGCAGCUGGCACACGUGGAGGCGGUGUGUAUCGCAUGGUUCACCAUGGAGUACUUGCUGAGGUUCCUGUCCUCGCCCAAGAAGUGGAAGUUCUUUAAGGGCCCCCUCAAUGCCAUUGACUUACUGGCCAUCCUGCCCUACUAUGUCACCAUCUUCCUCACAGAAUCCAACAAGAGUGUGCUGCAGUUUCAGAAUGUGCGCCGAGUAGUCCAGAUCUUCCGCAUCAUGCGCAUCCUUCGGAUCCUGAAGCUGGCCCGACACUCCACCGGCCUGCAGUCCUUGGGCUUCACGCUGCGCAGGAGCUACAACGAGCUGGGCUUGCUCAUCCUCUUCCUCGCCAUGGGCAUCAUGAUCUUCUCCAGCCUGGUCUUCUUUGCCGAGAAGGAUGAGGAUGACACCAAGUUCAAAAGCAUCCCCGCCUCUUUCUGGUGGGCUACCAUCACCAUGACGACCGUUGGCUAUGGAGACAUCUACCCUAAGACUCUCCUGGGGAAAAUCGUGGGGGGCCUCUGUUGCAUUGCUGGGGUCCUGGUGAUUGCCCUCCCCAUCCCCAUCAUUGUCAACAACUUCUCCGAGUUCUACAAGGAGCAGAAGCGCCAGGAGAAAGCCAUCAAGCGGAGAGAGGCUCUGGAGAGGGCCAAGAGGAACGGCAGCAUCGUGUCCAUGAACAUGAAGGACGCUUUCGCCCGGAGCAUCGAGAUGAUGGACAUCGUGGUGGAGAAAAAUGGGGAGAACGUGGCUAAGAAGGACAAAGUGCAGGACAACCACCUGUCUCCCAACAAGUGGAAAUGGACCAAGAGGGCACUCUCCGAGACCAGCUCCAGUAAGUCCUUUGAAACCAAGGAGCAGGGAUCCCCCGAGAAGGCCAGGUCCUCGUCUAGUCCGCAGCACUUGAACGUCCAGCAGUUGCAAGACAUGUACAGUAAGAUGGCCAAGACCCAGUCUCAGCCUGUCCUCAAUACCAAGGAGAUGGCACCACAGAGCAAGCCACAGGAAGAACUGGAGAUGGGCAGCAUGCCCAGCCCCGUGGCCCCGCUGCCCACCCGCACAGAGGGCGUCAUCGACAUGCGCAGCAUGUCCAGUAUUGACAGCUUCAUCAGCUGCGCCACGGACUUCCCAGAAGCCACCAGAUUCUCCCACAGUCCCCUGGCAUCCCUCUCCAGCAAGGCUGGGGGCAGCACAGCUCCGGAGGUGGGCUGGCGGGGGGCUCUGGGUGCCAGCGGCGGGAGACUCAUGGAGACCAACCCCAUCCCUGAGGCCAGCCGCUCUGGUUUCUUCGUUGAGAGCCCCAGGAGUUCCAUGAAGACCAACAACCCCAUGAAGCUGCGAGCUCUCAAGGUCAACUUCAUGGAGGGUGAUCCCACCCCACUGCUGCCCUCUCUGGGUUUGUAUCACGAUCCUCUUAGGAACAGAGGCGGCGCGGCAGCCGCGGUCGCAGGACUGGAGUGUGCCUCCCUCUUAGACAAGCCUGUGCUGAGCCCCGAGUCCUCCAUCUACACCACAGCAAGUGCCAGGACACCCCCUCGCUCCCCGGAGAAACACACAGCAAUAGCAUUCAACUUCGAGGCGGGGGUUCACCAGUACAUAGACACCGACACAGAUGACGAGGGUCAACUGCUCUACAGUGUGGACUCCAGUCCUCCCAAGAGUCUCCACGGGAAUACCAGCCCCAAGUUGAGCAUUGGAGCUAGAACAGAGAAGAACCACUUUGAGAGUUCCCCCUUACCCACCUCCCCUAAGUUCUUAAGGCCGAACUGUGUCUACUCCUCAGAAGGGUUGACUGGAAAAGGCCCUGGGGCUCAAGAGAAAUGCAAGCUGGAGAACCACACCUCCCCCGACGUGCACAUGCUGCCUGGGGGAGGAGCACACGGGAGCACUCGGGAUCAGAGUAUCUGAGCUCCCUACCACAGAGGGCAUUUGCAGGAAGAGGGAUGCUUGGCUUGCCUGCCGCUGAGUUCUGCGUGAACUCGGAGACCCAAGUCCCACACCCCCGCAGAGCCCCAGCGACAGGAGAGACCCUGAGAGCCAUGACAAGUCUGUGGACACCAACAAGUCAUGGGGACCACAUCUAACAGCAUUUUCCUGAGAUGGCAAGAGCAGAGCUGACAGCCACCACUAAGACCUAGCCCAGGCCACACACUUCCUAGUCUCCUCCAGAUGCCCUGUCAGCCUCUGAGUGUGCCAUCAGCAUCUCUCAUGGCUUCAGCUGAGGCGGGUGUUGGAGCAAGGGGCUGCUAGUGAAAGAGUGGGCUGACCAAGCAAUAUUGGGUGUCACCCCUCCUGUUAGAAGGGUACAGAGGACACUUGAUCAUGAGGAAGUCUCCCCUCCAUCAGCCACUCUCCAAGGGCAUAAAUGCUUAAACAAACAAGUGGUUCGAAUGAUUCAGUAUUCUGUGGUACCUGGGGCUUUAUUCUGAGAUGCUGUCAGGGUGAGCUGACAAUUUAGACUCAACUCUUUCUGCCCACCUGGCAUUCCAGGAAGGGUUCCGACAGUUGGCACGCAGCCGAGGGGAUAUAAGCCAGGGCUGUCACAGGAAAGCGUGUUCCAAACAGCGCCAGCCUGGACUGAAGAGAUACGCAAGCGUCAAAUAUGCAAACGAGAUAGGUUAUUCAACGAGACUGUGUGUGACUGAAAAACAACAUUAAAAAAAUAAUAAAUUUCAUUUUCUACAUGAAAAAAAAAAAAAAAAGAAAAAAAAUCCUUCACUGAACUGCCCUGUGCAGAGUUGUGGCUACUUUCGGCUGUGGUGGGGAACACACCUACUAUAAGAGGAAGUUCUUUUUUUCCCCCCCUGUGGUAUUCAAGCUAAAAAAAAAUAAUAAUAAGUUAAUUUAAAAAGCACUUUAUGUUUUUCUAAUCUAGGUUCUACCAGGGACAGUGUCAGGAUCUCACACUUUAAAACAAGCACUAUUUCCCGUGGGCCGCAUGCAGGCCCUGCACUUGGGGUAUUACUUGUGAUCAUUUCUGACCACAGUGGGUCUACCGUUGCCACAUCAGAGUCCAGGGCUUUUCUGUGACCCCUCAGGAUCACCCCUCAUCCCUCAUGGGACAGGAGAGGUCCUCAGCUCCCGGGGGCAGGGCUCUCUUAAAGUCCUGCGUACAAGAGACACACUGGUCUCAGAAGGGCGUGGCAAGAGUUGGGUGUCGGGUGUUGUACUGCUCUUUCCUGUCAACCGGCCAUUGUGUGUUCUGUGUUACUGUCUGUCCUGAAAGCCCGACGCUCCCUCCCGCAGCCAUCUGGCAGACGGCACAGCCAAAAGCAAUAAGUACCCAUGUGUAUCCCUCGAGGUUCCCGUGUACUGCCUGGUGUCAGUCUUCCUGUCCCGCCUGCUUGUGACCCAGUGGCCCUUCCUCAGUGACACCAGUCUGCUCAAUGCUCUAGUUACGGUGAUGCUGUUGGUCAGCCUGUCUGUGGUACAAUGGGGCAAUGCGGUUUUCUUACUAUAGUGUGAGUGGGUAAUGUCCCAAGUACUGUAGUGUCCUCCUCCCUGUCCUCAGAACAGUGACGGGCAUGUCUUCCUGACAAAGCACUGACAACAGUCAUUAUCACUCAGUAUCAUGUGUGGCUGGUCGGCCCAAUAGUUUGAUGGCAUGAUCCCCCCCUUCAGCACACACACAUCAUGAUGUUUUGCCUUCUCUUGUUUCCAUGGCUGAGGUCAGGCCCUGUCCCAGGUAGGAUGGUAAAGGCUCAUCCCACCACCCUCAAAGUGUUUUCUACAGUUUGUGAUGCUUCUAGGCAUCUCCAAAAGCCUGGGUCCCCCUCCCUCCAGAGGGCACAGCUUGGUAUUUUGCUGUGUUAAUGAAAAAAAUAAGAAGUGGACUCUGCCUCACCAUCCGUCCUCAGAGCUUUCUCAAAACAGAAGCAAAGGGGCUGAGACAGUGUGGGGUCACCUGCACCAGCAGCAUCCUGGAGGCAGGAAGCUGGGGGCUGGCCUCCACAGCCCCCUGCUGAGCUCAGCCUGGUGCUGGGGGCCUGCGGUGGUGACCCGGGACUUUCUGCUGACCACCUUCCAUGUCUGUCUUCUGUGUUACUCAUCAGUCACCCAUCAGCACAGAUGUGAAAAUUCAGGGAAACAAACAAAUGCUUUUUGAUAAAAAGUAUAUAGUUGUGAUUUCCGAUUCAGAUAUUUUUAGAGCUAUCUGUAAAAAAACUCCUACUGAUGAUAUAGUCUAUUUUACAUAUCAGGAAGUAAACACGUCUUAACAUAGCCAUAUAUAGCCAGAAGAAAGUUACCGCCCCCUUCUUUAAACCAAGGCAUUUCAUUGGUUGGUUGAGCCGAUGGCGGGUGUACAGUGUAGAAAUGAUUGCUUUCUUUUUUAAGAACCACUUGGUGCGACUUUCCUUGUAACCAAAGGCCCCUUCUGCCUUGUGUAGGACCUGGCUGUCCCUCCCUCUUGUGUUUUGUCUGACCUUAAAGUAGCAUUAUACAGAGAGAAUGAUGAAUUCAGAAUAUCCUUCCUAGCUGCACAAAGUCCAACAGAAUUCCUAUGGAGACAACCAUCAAAACAGUGUAGACGAUGCGUAAGAGUUUUCCGUUUUGGUUUUUGUUGGCUUUUUCUUUCCUUCACUUAUGUGUGUGUGUACUGUGGGAAUAUAGCUUCGCCUCCACGUGUAACUCAAGUUAGAAUACUAUAAAUUUUCCUACCAGUCCUCCACCUACUAAGAAGGAACACAGAGUCCCAUGUUGCACAUACCUGACCUGGGUACCUGUGUUUACAUGCACUGGGAAACCUUGGGUUGCCAAGAUGAAGCUGAAUCCCACAGACGGGUCUCAGCAGCGAAGAGAAGAGCUGGGAUAUAGAGGCAGAGGCCACUUGAACUUGGUGGUCCACCUGACCUGACCCAACUAGAGCAAAAGAAAGGACCCAAGUAACAACAGGGACUGGAGGUGAAGAUCUCCUGGUUCAGUUACGAAAUCAACAGGACUAUCAGGAAGCCAGCUGAAGCUGAAUCCGAGCACCCACCACAGCAGAAAAGGCCAGGCGUCAGACCGCUGUGCACGCCCUUCACGCUGGGAAAGCCUUACUGUGGACAAGGUGAGGACGAACCAGUUCUUUUCCCUUUGCAUUUUUGGAUGCCUCCAAACCAGCAGGUCUGGGGUGACCUCUGGGAUCUCUCUCUCUCUCUCUCUGGGAUUCCACCUUAAGCACAUUUAGAUGAGGGAGAGAACACUUGUCAUCGAGGAGAGAGGAAACGCCAAAGUCAGGAGGAAGCCACCCUUAACCUGCUCCGCUCACCCUGACGGUUAUACGAGCUUUUUUUCCUACCGAGUCUCACCUUCUCUCCAUCUCCUCUGUGUUCCGUAGCUGCAGCCUUGUCUCUGUCCCUUCUCCUGAGAAGGUCCACAUCUCUAAGGAGGAAAUGAGACGCAACAACAUCCUCUUCUGUUCAACUGUAAUGUAUUGUCAAUAUUUAUAAUUAUGUAUUUGUCUGACUCUGGUCAUGGCUGGAAUGUCUAGUUCAUGAACAAGGGGAUAUUUAAAGUUCAUCACAGACAAAGGUCCCUAAAGCCAGGUCUCUCUAGAUAGAUAGAUAGGUAUAGAUGUAUGAAUAGCUCUCUUCCUUAGUUCUCUGCCAACUUUGUCUCAAGUAAAAUAACCACAGGCUACACUGAACCAAAGGGGAGAGGAUACACAGAAAAGCUUCUAGAACAUGCUCCUUGGAGACAGACUUUGUGUAUGUGUAUCUGAGAGGUUGGCAGGAGGAAGAUGGGGGCUCCGAGGUCCCCAAAAGGACAACAGAACACUCUAGCCCCGGGCACUUCCUAACCUAUUAUUGUUUAUAUGACAACCCCCAAAUGCUUUCAUGUCACUGGGCCAGGGCCACCCAAACCAGCCCAGGCCACACCUGGAAAUAAGACUUACCUCCGCAUUUUCUGUUGCCAUUUUUCUGGCUCUAGCAGCAUCUAUAUCCUAGGACGUCCACACAUCUCAGAGUAGUCUAUUUUUUUGUUCAGAUAAAAUAUAUACAUAUAUGUAUUUUUUAGUAUAUUUAUAAUAGGGCAAUUGAGUCUAAUUUAUUUUGUAACAGAGUGAUAUCUUGGGGAGUUUAUUGUUGUUCCUUUGCAUAGCUGGUCUUUUUUGCUCUCUGUCAUUCCUUCCCACUGUCCCUUGGGCUGAUUUUUUUGUUUUGUUUUGUUUUGUUUUGUUUUGUUUUGUUUUGUUUUGUUUCUGUUGGAUUCUACUUGUCUGGAGAUGGGAAAAGCCUGGGGUUUGAUAUCCUGGAAGAUGGAGUUCCUGGCAAUGGCCAAGGUCCUGAAGAAAUCUAAAAGCCAGCAGGAGCGCAUGGAUGAGGAGUUGGCCCAAAGAAGUAGCCACGCAAGAUGAGUUGUCCAUUUCAGCUCAAAGCAAUCAAGCCCUUUCUCAGCAGGGUGGGUUGUCUGCUCAAGGAACACAGUGCAUGAUGGGUAAGAUGGGCAAGGGGAUCCAGACUACCCAGUGUAUGGCAGGUACUCCCAGGGAGGCUCAAUAAUGCACAAAUGGGCCUUGGCAUUACUACAAAAUGGGACUGGAAACUCAAAGCAAUUCUUUCUUGUGUGUGUGUGUGUUUGUGUGUGUGUGUGUGUGUGUGUGUGUGUGUGUGUGUGUCCAUGGCCUUCGUGCACAUGUGGGUAUCUGCAUAGGUGUCUUAAACAUUCUGGGUCCAGGUUCAAGCCUCAUAGACAAGCACUUGGAGCAGAGCUACUGGGACCUCAGGUUAUAGGAUUGGGCCAUCCCAGGAGGCACUAAAGCAGGAAGCCACAACAGAGGACUCAACAUCCUAAAUCUGCUCUUGCUAUUUUUCUGACCCUGCCAACCAUUAUCCAACCCAUUCCCAAUGGCCUAACAAGGACCACCUCGGGAAGAGAUGCACGCUGCUCUUUCCCCGGCCAGUAAAGGGCCAACCCACAGUCUCACCUGUGGUUGGCCACAGCAUGGUGCUUCAGCCCUGUCCCCUAUACCCUGUGCCCUCAAAGAGACUCAGUGAUCACCCCACAAGCCAGCCACCCACUGCCCAACCAAUUCCAAAUGGCGCCAUUCCAAAAGGGCUUUCUUUUUUUCUUGUUAAAUAAAAGUAAACCUAGUCAAGAUCUUUAAAGGUCUCUGCCCAAGAAAUAAAUCUAGAAAAAUAAAAACAGCAGAGGUAAUUAUAGUCCAGCUUUAUGGGGGAAACUAGGCUCCAGCUGCUUCCAAGAGGAAAGCCUGCCUUACCACAUUCGUCCCCAAAGGGAAUGCUGUCUGUCUCCACACAGCACAGAGCUGGUGAGCUCUCCUUCAUUGGAUACAGGGGGUGUGGAAGAGGUGGUAUGUGAACUUCAGAGUGAGCCCAAACCUAGGUGGUUUUGAAAGGCGAAGUAGAUCAGUAGGGUUACCUGGACUACUGUCUUCUAACUAAAUUAAAUAGGAACUGGUUUACAAACUCUCAGCCCACAGACAUGUUUCCCAAGACACUCAGUUGCAGUUACUAAGCAGCCGAGGGAAAUGUGGGGCUGCCCAAUUCUGUCCCACAUAGAUGAGCUCCAAGCCACACAGGAAUCUCAGACAGGUUUAGAUAGACAGGUCUGCACCACAGACGAGACCCCCAAGGGUCUAAUUCAACAGCAGAGCUCCCAGCCUCUGGGCUUCCCUGAGGUUUGAAAUGCCCGAGACCGAUGCCUGAGACCGUUGGGCAUCCAAGAGCCAGAUGUGGCUACAGGAAGUGCAGGACAGUUGUCCUCUUUCUCUCUGGGCCCAUUCGGCUCCAGUCCAAGCUAAAGAGCAAGGCGUCCCCUUUUUCUACACCAGGACCUCAAGGCACUCUGCCAGUGCACUGAUAGCACACAGCCGUCAGCCAGCCUAUGUUUUGGGGGUGUGCAUGUGAGGAUGCUCGGCUGAAUGGGCAAAGAGGCCAGUGCUGGAUUCUCACCUGGCUGGGAAGGGAAGAGUGGAAGUCCUCCUCUCUCUGAACUGUCCCCACAAAUGCCAUCUCUUCUGUGACCAUAUCUGGAGUCACAACAAUGCCCACAUUUGACGUUGGUAGCCUCAAGCUAAUAGGGGUCAUGGUGUACUCAAAGCCCCCCCAUCCUGAGGCUGGCCAGCAUUGGCUGUCUUCCUUCUUGUUCUACUUCAGUUCUACUCACAGGGAGUCACAUGGAAACUAUAGUGGUUAUCCAGGAGUCCAAGCCAAGGGUCCAAGGUAGGGGAGCGGGGUAUGUGGGACUUGACUAGGGAAGGAACAUGGGAGCCAGUGUCUGCCGUUGGAUCUCUUUACCUGAGCUGUAAAAAAAAAAAAAAAAAAA